GGGGGUUGGCAAGUCUCUCCUCAGUCCUCAUUUACAUCCCAGAGGAAAGGUGUUGGCCCCUUUGCAAGGAGAAGACAGGCCUGAGGGGCAGGCCUUGCUUCCAUUGGAAGUGGGGGCUGGCAUGCAAGCAGGGUGCACCCCAGUUUCCUGGGUGCCAUGGGGCUCAGCCGAGGCUGCCCUGGGAUUUGGCUUCCCCACUCCAGCCCCUCCCCUCCUGGACAACACCAGGGCCCUUCCUGGCUGGACCUCCUGGGCCACAUUUCUAGCCAGUCCUGGCCAGCCCAGCACAAUGCCUGUUCCUUCCCUGGGCCUUUGGUCCAGCAGAUCCCUGCACCCUGGCCUCUGCCUGACCAGGAGGCUUGGGAGGUGGGGGGGAUGUCCAACCCUGACCCUGCCUGCCCCCUGUCCCAGCAGCUGGGCUGUCCUCAGCCCAGGAAUGUAUUUUGGUUCCUGGUUGAGCAAUGUCAGUGCGGUUUGGGGGUCGGGUGGGGGUGGCAGGAGGUGCCCACCACCUUCGCCAUCCCACAAGGCGGCCUCCUGUCCCAGUAGACUCUGCAGCUCAGGGGCCUGGUGGACUAUGUGGCUAUGUGGCCACAUCCCCUCCUUGUGCCUCAGUUUCUAUGCUGUGCCAGGUGAAGAGGCCUGGGAGGACAAUGCUUAACAGUGGGUGGGGGUCCAGCCCCCGUCCCCUGCACCCUGUGCUCUGCUGAGGCCAGAGGGGGUCCCUCAGCUGGCCCCACUUCCCUGGCCACUUCUAGCUGGGCACCCUGAGAGCAGGGCAGGCCCAGGCCAGUGUCCCCAGGAGAGAAGACUCUGUCGGCUCAAGAAGAGGGAAGCAGACAGAUGUACAGAGAUGCAGGUAGAAGGGAGGCCCACUCCCUGAGGCCCAAUGGCAUUUCCAGGACAGCAGCCCCCAGCAGGGGACAGUCUGGUGGGCACUGGCUGCAUUCUGCACACAGAAAUCUUGGAGUCCUGGGCAAUCCGUGCUCCAGUAGAAGCCAAGCCCCCUCCUGGUCACCUUUGGUGCCCCCACCCCCGGGCAGAGCUUGGGUUGAGCUGGGACUUGACCUCGGGUCCUGUGUGACAUUGCCUUGGGUCCCCUCUCCUGCUGCCUCUGAACCCCUUCAGCCCCAGCGACCUCUGGCUCUGGGGAUGCUGAGGUGAGCUGUGCUGGAUGGGGCCACGUGAAGAGGAGAGUCGGGGAUCCAUCCUGGCCCCCAGCCCCUCUGAGCCUGAUUUCGGGAAGCCUGGGCAGGCUUGCCUUCUGCUGUGCUGGCUCUGCUGGGAAGGGAGCAGCCGUGGGGGCCCUGGGAGCCCUGCACCACAGCUCCCUAGGGACAGUGGGCUCCAAGCCAUUGCACACACAGGGCGGGGUAGCCCUGAGCAUUGGCGGCUGACGGGUGGGGCGUCUGAACCAACACUUUCAUGGGCAGGCAGUGGGAAUGGCAGUGAGGGGGUUAAUGGCAGCCGCUGACUCCUCUCUGGAAGGAAAAACUCCCCAUAACCGCCCUGCUGCCUGGCUUCCCUCCAGAGCCAAGAACAGGGGCUGAAAACUGGAAGUCCAGGCAUGCGGCCAGCUCUGCAGUGGGCGCUUGAGGAGGGCAGUGGCCCUGCCGCCAGCCAUCCGUCUGCACACCUACCUGGCUGCCUGGUUGACUGCUGUUUGUCGGGAAACCUCUGUCAGUCCAUCUGUCUGUAAUCCUGACUGUCCAGUUGUCUGUCUGACCCUCCUUCUCUGUCCUCCGUCCAGCCAUCUGGGCUGUCAGUCCAUUUGUCUGUUUGUCUGUGGCCCCCGUCUAUUUGUCCAUUUGUCCAAUCAUCUGUGAGUCUAUCUGCUCAUCUUCUUGCCCCUUCAUCCACCCGCCUCUGUGCAUCUCUCUGUCCACUGGCCUGUGUGUCCCUGCCUCUCCUCUCCCCGCUGGGCCAGAGGAGACAUGGCCAAGGGCCGUGGGACCACGGUCAGCAUGGCCCUGCUGGGGCUGGGGAUGGUGCUGGCCAUCAUUGUGCCCGCCGUGGUCCUGUCUCGGCAACGCAUCCACUGUGGCCCCAAGGCCUUUGCCCACGCUGCGGUUGCUGCAGACUCCAAGAUCUGCUCGGACAUUGGACGAGCUAUCCUCCAGAAACACGGUUCACCUGUGGAUGCCACCAUCGCGGCUCUGGUCUGCACUGGGGUUGUCAACCCCCAGAGCAUGGGCCUGGGUGGAGGAGUCAUCUUCACUAUCUACAACGCGACCACAGGGAGGGUCGAGGUCAUCAACGCCAGGGAGAGAGUGCCCGCCAGCCACGUUGCGGGUCUGCUGGACCAGUGUGAGCAGGCCCAGCCUCUGGGCACAGGCGCCCAGUGGAUCGGGGUGCCUGGGGAGCUCCGUGGCUACGCCGAGGCCCACCGCCGCCACGGCCGCCUGCCCUGGGCGCAGCUGUUCCAGCCCACCAUUGAGCUGCUCCAAGGGGACCUGCGUGUGCCCCACAUCCUUGGCCAGUUCCUGCAGAGCAGCUUCCUGAGGCCUUCCCUGUAUGCGUCCUCCCUGAGGCAGCUCUUCUUCAACGGGACAGAGCCCCUGAGGCCUCAGGACCCACUCCUGUGGCCCGCUCUGGCCUCCACCCUGGAGACAGUGGCCGCGGAAGGCGCAGAGGCCCUGUACACAGGGAGGCUGAGCCAGCUGCUGCUAGACGACAUCGCCAGGGAAGGCGGCCAGCUGACUCGGAAGGACCUGGCCUCAUUCCAGGUGGAGGUGGUGGACGCCCUGGCCAUGCCCCUGGGGGACUACACCUUGUACUCACCGCCGCCGCCUGCAGGGGGCGCGCUUCUCAGCUUCGUCCUCAACGUGCUCAAAGCCCCCUCCUCAGACGCUGAAGUCGGGGCCAAGGGAUGGGCCAGGAUGGUGUGGCCCACACCAGGGGACCCACUGAGUCCCCUCCAGGUGAUCCCGUCCCAGGAGCAGGUGGCUCUGCAGGUGGAGAGCUGCCUGUCCCUGUCUGGUGUGUGCAUCCGGGGCUGGGGCCCAGCCUAUGACAGUGCCGUGCAAGGAGGGUUCAACUUUUCCAAAGAGUCCGUGGCCAGGCCCGAGGGGAGAGUGAACUUGUACCAUCACCUUGUGGAGACGCUCAAGUUUGCCAGGGGGCAGAGGUGGCGGCUGUGGGAUCCUCAGAGCCACCCCGAGGUCCAGAAUGCCUCCUGGGACCUGCUGGGGGAGGCUCUGGCCCAGCACAUCCGUGAGCAGAUAGACGCCCGGGGUGACCACCAGCUCAGCCACUACAGCCUGGCUGGGUCCUGGAGCCACAGGAUGGGCACAGCUCAUGUGUCUGUGCUGGGGGAGGACGGCAGUGCUGUGUCCGCCACCAGCACCAUCAACACGCCCUUUGGAGCCAUGGUGUACUCACCUCGCACGGGCAUCCUCCUCAACAAUGAACUCCUGGACCUGUGCUGGAGGCACCCACGUGGCUCUGGAAUACUCCCACCACCUGUUCCAGGUGAGCGGCCGCCAUCAUCCAUGGUCCCCUCCAUCUUGGUCAACGCAGCCCAGGGGUCAAAGCUGGUGAUCGGCGGGGCCGGCGGGGAGCUCAUCAUCUCUGCUGUGGCCCAGGCCAUUGUGAACAAGCUGUGGCUGGGCCUUGACCUGCAGGCCGCCAUUGCGGCCCCCAUCCUGCACGUGGACAGCAAGGGCCGGGUGGAAUACGAGCCCAGCUUCAGCCAGGAGGUGAAGGAGGGGCUCCAGGACCGGGGCCAGAACCAGAUCAAGAGACUCAUCUUCCUGAACGUGGUCCAGGCAGUGUCCCAGGACAGGGCCUGCGUGUAUGCUGUGUCGGACCCACGGAAGCAUGGGGCACCCUCGGGCUACUGAAGGAGAUGCUCUGGGACCUGAGGUCCUGCUCACUGCCCAGGUGCACCCAGGCUGGCCAGUGCUCCAGCAGGAUCUGGACCCUGGGGCUGGGCAGUCAGCCUGGUGCUGCAAGAGGUGGGGACAGCCCAGCAGACAGAUGGCUGGGGGGACAGAGCCCACCCCUAGAGCCCCUUGUGGCCCUGCCCUGGCCCCUCCAGCCUCCCCAGGCCUCUCCCCCAGGACUGUGCCCUGUCCUCUGUGGCUCAUACCCCACCUGUGUUUCCUCUAAUCUGAAAUUAAAGGAGAGGCUACACCAUG